AUGCGCUCGACGAUGACAACAUGCGCAUUAUUAUUGCUGGCGAUCAACUGUGUGAUCGCAGAGCAGAAACAACCGAAAAUUGAGGAGCCCGAUUACGAGAAGACGGCUCGCGAUCCGCCGGAGGCUAUUCGAUUGCCGCUGGCGUGGGGUCGAUUCAAGGAAGUGAGCAGUGAGCAAUUCGGACUGUUCCCGGAGGCGUUGUCGUCGUGCGGUAGCCAUUUGGGUGUGAAGACGCCCAAUCCCGGAUAUACUGGCCAGACAUUCGACAUCGAGGUGCCAUGCUUCCCAUUCCCGCGACGCGUGUUCACCGGCGGCGAGAACGGCACGACGGCGCCGAAAAUCGAGAAUUGUCAGCCGCUGAAAUGUCCGGGCGAGCCGUUGACGAAUAUCGAGGCGAUCAACUACAACACGUCGAUGGAGCGCGCCUCGUUCACGAAAUCGCCGGUGGCGCCGCCGAUGAAAGACGCCGAGAUGGCAGCGAUCUGCGAGGACGCCGAUGUCUACACCGGCCAAGAUGACGUCGAUCUGUUGGUGUUCAAUGAUCUGACUUGCUCGUAUACACCGACGCUCGGCGAUAAGAUGAUUCCGCGGUUCAUACAAGACGAUGGUCUUUACAAGAUCACGAAUCACUUCCAUGGAAAAGAGAUGACGCCGAACUACGAAAAUUCUGGCGAGUAUGGAAUAGACGUUUGGGAUAUCAAGAAAGGAGGCGACGCUUAUAAACGAUGCGACGCUGGCUGCGAUCGCGGUCGACUCAUCAAGUACACGAUGUACGAAGGCGCGUGGAACGGAAUCAUGUUCUUGACGCCCGACACCGACGUCGUCAAAAUCUGUCUUGAUCCGCAAGAUCACACCGACGACGCGAAAACGCCGCAAUGCAAACCGCAUCGUGUCAUCACGAUACUGCUCAAAUCGAAUCUCGUCAUUUGGCCCUACUUGUUCCGGCCGUCGCGCAUCCGCUUCGGCUCCAAUGAGCGCGGACAAUCGCCGCUGAAAGCCUAUGUGAUCGAGUUUGGGUACGGUGUGAAGGAUAGCAAAGGGACGAUCACAUCGCAAUUCCGCGUCGGCAACAUGUAUCGGGAGUUCGUCGUCAGCGAGUCGAAAGGCUAUCCGAAAGAGGUCGGGCAGCGAUUCGCGUUGAUCUUCCCGAAUAAGGGCGGAUUGCUGAGGCAUUUUGGAUUCGUUAUUGAUAACGUCGAAGCCGCUUCGGCGCUGGUCAAACCCGACGAGGAAGUGAAGAAGGUCAGCGCGAAGUCGAAAACCGGCGAGAAGAUUGGAGGCGAUAUUGCGGAGAAGGAAAUUGUGCCGACGACUGAGAAGCCGUUGGCGCAGAUCGAUCGAUCCACCACACCGCCACCGAUUAUCUUCAAACUCGCCGACUCGCGCAUCGUGGAGGCGGUGAAGGCCGAAGAUGCCCAAGAAGUCUACACCGAAGGAAAAUGGUUGUUGUUUGGAAUCUUGAUGGGCUUCAUUAUCGGCACAUUCCUCACCGUCAUCAUGGGCGGCGGCGCGUUCUGGUUCAUGCGACGAACGGUGUACUCGUCGUGGUACCGCGGCAUGUUCAAACGCUACGGAUGCGACGCGUCGGGAACGACGGGCGGCAUCACCGGCAUCGGGUUCGGCAACACGGCGACCGGAAUGGGAACGACGGCAAAUUUGUCGGCCAUCUCGCAAGUCUCAUCGUCGUCGACCGCCGAUGCCUCGACGGGAAAAUCCGAGAAUCCGCCGAGUGUGGCCAUGUGA